CUCUGCUUUGUCGUUUGAACCACAGCUCCUUUUUAACGGAUUCAUCCUGAGCAUACCGCAGAAAGGGCAGAAGAAACAAGCAUAUACACACAAGAGACUUCUACAUUGAAAGUGGCCACAAGAAUUAGGAUAUACCAAUGGAGGACCUGGACAAUGACAUUUCAUCUACAGGGUUGGACCCUCUCUUCAUUAAAGAAGAGGAUGCAGAUCCGGACACAACCCUCCUGGAACAAAGAGAGUGCAACACGGCACAAUCUGGACUCACCUUCACAGGAACACAGCUGAAUCAAUCAGCUUUAAUUACGCCAUACUUACAGAAUAUGGAUGACUUACUGAAAAGCUGUGAGGAGCUCACCGGUAUCCCUUUUGGCUCUCACUUCUCAGAAAGUUACAAUGAAAUAAGCCUGUCUGAAUCAACUCACAGCCACAGCAAACGGAAAGACGCGAUGGAAAGCUAUGGAGAAACAAGCACUUCUCCCCAAGCAUAUCUUUCCACAAGCUACAUUGACACACACAUGUAUGGGGCUGAAGGAACAGAAGACCAGCCGGCACAAGGCCAGUCGCGAGGCUUCACCAGCAGGUGCGGAUUGACCACAGACAUUACUCGCCAAAGAGAAAUGCCUCUCACUUCAGCGGGGAACAAACUGAGUGACACCAUGGUGGAGUACGAGGGCCAGCUGUUGGGGAUGUUAGCCAUGUUGGAGAGCUGUAUGGAAGAGGCUGGGAUGGACUUUGAGCCCCAGGACUGGGCCACAGAUGCAAGCCAAGAGUAUGUACACAUACGGGGUACAACACUGGUGCCCAUUCAGCAAGGGAGAACAAUGGAGGUGGAGACCCGGUCGAUGCAAUUAGAAUCCUUGGCAGGUCAACGUGCAGGGGGAGAUAAAGCUUCCAAGAAAAGCACAAACGAGGUGACAGUAGGUUCAGCGACAAGUGGAAGCCAGCAGAAACCUGUGCCUAGCUGUGACAGCAUGGGUGGCUUCUCAAUGGAAAUACAAGAGAAUCUAAAAACAGACCAGGGAGUUCUUGAUCCUCAGUUCAGGUUUUCAGGGCCAUCGAUGCCAUUAGAGAGUACCGUAAAAUAUCCAAUGUACUGUGAGCCGACAAAGACAGGAUAUAUGUCUAGUGAUGAAAGCACAUACACAAAAGAAGACGUAACUGGGACUGAAGUAGACUACACAGAUGAGAGACAGGAGCACAAGAUGGACACCACUGAUCUGGGAUCCGGCAUGAAUGAAAUAAGCGCAAUAGGGUCUCAGAUGGAGGAGUGCAUAGAGGAGGUACAACGGUUAGAGAAGAGGAGGAAGGAGCUGCUGGCAGAGGUGCUGGAGUUGAGAGGGAUUGAAGACAGAGAGGAGGCAGAGAGGAGCGAGGAGGAGGAAGAGGAGACAGGAGAGCCAAUUGAUCGCAAAGUGGCAGAGCUGAUGAAUGCACUCAAGAAGGAGGAAGAGGGGAGGAGAGAGGAGAGGAAGAGGGAGAUUCAGAUCCUCAGGGAGGAGAGAGCGGAGGAGGAGAGGAGGAUGUGGAAGGUGAACCUGGAGAGACAGGGGCUGCAGGAGGAGCUCAGAAAGCUGAAGAGGAGGCUGUUCGCCAUGGCUAGGGACUGCGCUCACAACCAGGUCGCCCUGAACACCCAGCACCGUGAGGUGGAGCUGCUAAAGAGAGAAGAGGAAAAGCUGCAGUCAUUGGUGCUGCAGCUGACAGAAGAGAGCUCCCAGCUCAGGUCAGCCCACCAACAGCAGCUCUUAGACCUACAAGCAGAGCUUCAUGUGGUGAGCGCAACUCAGACCUACAACACCCAGGAAGAGCUGACACAAUGCAGAAGGAACUCCUGUGGGGACAUCCAGCAGUAUCUGCAGGGUGGGCUAAAAGCGCUGGAGAACAGGUAUGAACCCAUUUUACUCACGUUGCUGAAGAGGAGAGAGGCAACAGGCGGCGCACUGGUGAAAGCCAAAGAGCAGGCGCAGGAGCUGAAGGCCCAGCUGAGACCCCUAAAGGAGGAGAUCGAAACGCUGAAGCUCCAGAGGGCUUGUUUGGAGGAGAAACUCAAACUAAUUCACAUACAGAGGAAAGAGGAUGUGGGGCAGUACAAAGACACAUUGUACCGUCUGGAGGAAAGCAGCAGAGAGCUGAAGACUGAGUUAAAGAUCCAGAAGAGAAAAACCAAUGAGAUAGAGGAGCUGAAAGACAGUCUAACCAAACAACUACUCCUUUACAGGGAUACCACCGAGGACCACAGCAAGUGUGACAAUGAGGACAAAACAUGAAUGUAUAUGUUCAAAACUGUUGUUUGAUUUUUUUUUUUUAGUCUGCAACAUAGUGAACUCCAAGGUUCAAUCAAUGCACUUUACAUACAUUGAGACAUGCUGUUACAAAUACACUAACAAAAACAUAACAAACUAACACGUUUUUUUUUUUAAAUAACAGUCUGUAAUCUGUUUACUAGACUGCAGCUUGUAGAAAGGUUUUUGUUAUGAAUAAAGGCUGUGUCCAUUGUAAUCUGA